AUGGAGAAAGAAGCCGACGGGAAUCCAUACUUGCAGUAUGAAGACGAUGGCUCCGAUGGUGCCUCCGGUUCUCCAGAUCAGAUCAAUGACGACGGCGUCGAGCCUGACUUUAAAGUGGAAGAUGAAUAUGAUGUCAACUUCGGAAACUUGGACGAAGAGAUCAGCAAGCUGAUCAAGCCUGAGCUACUAUCAUCUGAGACUUCUCUGGGCCUGUAUUCGACAACACCAAGUCCACUAUCAAAACGAGAGCCAACACCAGCGAUUUCAGCUAAGACGGAGCAAAAGUCGAGCGAGCCACAAGAAUUAGCCGAAAGAAACUGCCCUCCACGGGAAGAAUUGCUUGAACUAGAGAGAGCCUAA